UUCCCUCAGUGUCUCUCCUCCAGAAGACUCCCUCCUCUCCAGUCAGCUGCCACGCUACAGGUUUCUACCCUCACAGAGCCAUGAUGUUCUGGAGGAAAGAUGGAGAGGAGCUUCAUGAGGACGUGGAACAUGGAGAGAUCCUCCCCAACCAUGAUGGAUCAUUUCAGAUGAGUGUUGACCUGAACCUUUCAUCAGUCACACCUGAAGACUGGAGGAGGUACGAAUGUGUGUUUCAUCUCUCUGGUGCAAAGAACGACAUUGUCACCAAACUGGACAAAAAAGUGAUCAGAACCAACUGGGAGAAGCUGCUUGACCUGACCAUCCCCAUCAUCACUGCAGUGGCUGUUUUCAUCAUUGCUGCUUUUGGAGUCACAGUUUACAUAAAGAAGAAAAAUUCGAUUUCUGUGUGA